AUGGAACAUCAACGAAACAAUAGCGGCGCAUCCAGUGCUGAUUCUGCUGGUAAUAGCGAGGGAGGAGGAGACAUGGUCCAAAAAAGUCGAGAAAAACGAUUUUCUCGCGAUAUAAGAAACGAGCGGAGACGACGAGUGACUACCUGUGGUAGCGAAUGGAAGCCGUAUCAAUUUCAUAGUCCUGUACCCAACACCACCAAUGCCAGAGCGACAGCAGCAUAUUCGAGCGGUGGUGGUGGCGGUGGUGUUGGUGUUGGAGCAUUUGAAGAGCUGUUGAAGGAAUUUUCCACUCCACAAUCCGAGGACGGGAAAUCGCCAACUCGAGGUGAGGUCAAUGGUGGUGGUAGUGCUGACAAAAAGGACGACGAUGAUGACGGCGACAUGUCUCCUCCAAAACCAAUGCUACAGAGCCAAAACUCCAUUUCACCACAACAACUAUUAUCCACACAACCCAUUACACCACCCACUCGCAACACUGAUUCUACUUCGAAACAGACACCGCAUCCUUCCUCGGGCGGUUUAGUGUCACGGAAGGAUGAUUCUUCCAUGAUACCGACUCCGAAUCCACCCAAUUCGCCACAUCCUCGCGCCAAUCAGAGAACAGCUGUCGCUACCGCUAUUAAUACUACAUUCGCUACUGGUUCGGCGCCGUCACGAGCACCACUUGCAGCUGCUCCCGCUGCCAGACCGAUAAUAGCCAACGCCUAUCGCAAGACGACUCUUCCAAAACCGGCGGCUGCCAAAGAGAAUGCUCUACCAGCCGUCUUGAACUCCUCCAGAGGACUGCAACCGACAAUCGCAAAUCGAAGAAUCAUUCCUGAGCCUGGGCGGCAGAAUCUAACCAAUACAUUGAAGCAACCAUUGCAACAACAACGACACACUAUGACACAAAGCAUCAAUCCUUACAGCAAAAAGAAGACGAAGAAUAUCACAGCUGCCACUCAAACU